AUGACCGACUGUGACAAUUACGCCCUCCUGCAGAUGCGCAGUCACCUCGAGAACCGCCUGCUCUCUGCCUCGCGCUCCCCCUCCCACUCCUCCUCAGUCAACGCGCACUACCACAUCCGCCUGCCCGCAAAUGCCUUCUUCUACUUCACCGUCUACGCGGCCUACGAGCUGGACAGUGAUGCCGACCACCUGGAGUGCGUCCAUCGCAUCCUCAUUGACGCUCGACGUCCGACGCUGAUGUCUGGCUCCGCGGUGGCAGCCUUCCCCCGCCAGACCUACUGGUGGGUGGGCUGUCGUCUGCUGGAACCGACCCGCUUCAAUCUGGAGGCUGGCCGACGUCACCUCUUCCGUCUGGACGCGCCGCCGCACAGGUUCACGUCAAUCGCGGUGGUGAUUAAUGGGGAGGAGUGGCACUUCCUGGAGGCCCUAUCUCCCCGUCUGCCGGGUCGGUGGUCGGGCAAAGUGCCCGUGGGUGCUGUGCUGGGACAGCUUUCCAUCUACGGCAGUCUUGCAGCCACUGCAGGCGGCGGCGAUAGUUCUCCGGCGCCUGGCGGACGAUUUGGGUCCGCCGAGGACGUGGCCUACGUUAAGCUCCUGGAUUAUGCUCUGGUUCAUGCAAAUUCUGCAAAAAAUUAA